AUGCCAGCCGUCCGGGAAGUCGACUACCAGUCGUUUGUGGAUCGACUACUCGCAGUGAACGACCUCUCGCAACCAUCCCUCACGCGAUGCGUCUUGCAGGCCGAGAUCGAGCAGGUGAUCAUCGACUGCCGGCGGGUGGUGAUGACGCAGCCACCACUCAUACAGCUCGACCCUCCUAUUAAUAUCUGCGGCGACAUCCACGGCCAAUACACAGACCUUCUCCGUGUCUUCAACCGCUGUCGCUACCCGAGUCAGACCAACUACCUCUUCCUUGGCGACUACGUCGAUAGAGGCAAGCAACAGCUGGAGACGAUCUGCCUGCUGAUGGCCUACAAGAUUUUGUUCCCGACAAACUUCUUCAUCCUGCGCGGCAACCAUGAGUGUCGAUCGAUAAAUAAGGUCUACGGCUUCUACGAGGAGUGCAAGCGGCGGUACAACACGCGAUUAUGGGAGUCUUUUCAGUGCCUAUUCAACUGCUUGCCGUUCAGCGCCCUCGUCGGCGGGCGCAUCUUUUGCAUGCACGGGGGGCUGUCGCCGGAUUUGAUGAGCUGGGAUCAGCUCGAUGAUAUUAACCGUCCAAUCGAUCCGCCGAAUCGCAGCCUGCACAUGGACCUCCUCUGGUCGGAUCCGGAGCAAAAGCUCGAAGGCUGGGCCGCAAACAGCCGCGGCGUCUCCUACAUCUUCGGCGAGGGCAUCGUCCACGAGUUCUGCCUACGCAUGGACAUUGACCUGGUCGCCCGGGGCCACCAAGUUGUCCAGGACGGCUACGAAUUUUUCGCCGACCGCAAGCUCGUCACGAUUUUUACGGCUUCGAGCUACUGCGGCGAGUUCGACAACAACGGCGCCAUCAUGGUGGUGGGCAAGCAGUUGGAGUGCAGCUUCGAGGUGCUGCGAGCCAAUCAGGGCGUCAUCAAGGUUCGCUCCACCAAGAACCGUAGCGCCCGACGCAAGAAGAAG